AUGGACCGGGCUUCGAAGUUGCAGAAGCUCGAGGCUGUGCGACGAAAGGUCCCCGCCAUGUCGGCAGCAGCCAUGUCAGGCUUACUGACGGAGAUCGAGGCGGCUGGACUCCCGGAGUUAAAGGGCCGGCGGCAUAUCAGAGAAGCGACAGAGCACUCUGUGUGUCAGCACUCUGCAUACGGCCCCAUGCUGGAGACCGUGACUGUAGAUGGCUUGGAUGGUCGGCCGGUGCAAGUCCUCUUAGCCAACCUGUACACCUUGCUGCAAGCAGUGUGGACGGUGUCUAGCAGCUUCCGGGCUUUGGUGCGAAGAAGUACAAGCAACAGCCAGCAGAUUUUCAAGCUGGUAUACUACACAGACGAAAUAAAUUGUGGCAACCCACUUGCUCCGGAUCCUAGCUUUAUCGAAAGAACAAAGUUGGCUGCCGGUGACAAUCAUGCGAUCGCCAAUAUGCCUGGCGGGGCCUCCCAAUUAGCUGCAAUUGUUCUGCGGAACAUAUUCCACCAUGACAUCGUGGAUCCAUCCUUGGGCUUCAACCUGAAGGCACCAUGCGGCACCUUGCAGCGGCUCAGAUUCCAAUUAGGGGCUUUCUGCCAGGACGGCCAAGCUCAUAAACUUCUUUUUUCGGUGAAGGGUGAUGGCGGUACCCGCUGUUGCACAUUGUGCAAUGUCGUCACGAGUGGAUCUGUGGAGAGCGAGCAGACUGUGGUCAUGAAUCGAGCCACCCGUGAAGAUCAGCUAGAACUGACUACGGACUCUUCGUUCGCACAGUCCAUCAUAUCGCUGCUUGAGAAGAGAGCUACUUUGUCGAAGGGCGAUUUCGCCCUGUGGGAACAAGCCUCCGGGCUGGUGUACAACGAGCACUGCCUCAUUUAUCAAGCAGACCUGUGCAAACUGGUGAAACCCGUUAGUCAGUGGUGCCACGAUUACAUGCAUGCCUUUUUUGUCAAAGGCAUUUGGAAUCGAGUUAUGUGGCUAAUCAUGACACAGGUGGAGCAGCAGCUGCAACGGGACGUGUACCAGACCUGCGGUGAGUACAUGAAAACAUGGGUGUUGCCGAAGUCACGAUCUGAGAAUCUUCCUUCCCUUUUCGCACCGAAACGAAGGCAGAGCAACAAAGAUGCCAAGACGUUCAAGUGCACUGCUUCGGAAGGCCUGUCAGCUAUGGUUCCCUUUCUUUUCUUUCUGCUGCUAAUCAUUGGCCCCUUGGGGAUCUGCCAGGAGCAGAUAGCUGCUUAUGCUUGCUUGGUCAAUGUCUUGGAGUUGCUUCAGGCCACAGCCUUGGGAACGACCACGACCCCGACCAACCUUGCAACAGCUAUUACAGCUUUCCUGGAAGCAUGUUGCACGGCAGGCUGGAAGGAUGAGUUCCACCCCAAGUUUCACUGGAUUUUGCACAUGCCACGGCAAUUAGCCCGCUGGGGCUUCCUUCCCACAUGCUUCGUCCAAGAACGUAAACACAAAGUCGCCAAGCGAUACGGAGGUCGCACCACCAAUACACAGGGCUACGAAAAAACACUGCUGAUGGAGCUGCUCGGACACAACAUUGCAGACCUCCAGGAGCCGGAUGUUUUCGGAACAGCUGCCAGGCUAGUGCAGAAGUGCAAGGCCCCCAACAAGAUGGUUCAGUUUAUGACAGAAUGCAUGGGGUGUCCGGCUGAGGAAAUCUUCACUUGUUCUUCAGUUCAGCUGGAGCCUGCGGGCGGUUGUCAUCGAGGCGAUUUGGUGGUGAUGCGGCAUGGGAUGCAGAUUGCCGAAGUUUGGUUUCACUGCUCCUUCGACGGGCAGUUGUAUUCUUUGGUCUCGUUUCUUGAGACUGUGAAGCAUGAAAAGCAGAGCUGGAUCUGCCGGAAAACUGAAGAGUGCAUGCUGGUGAGCACGGAGGAGAUCAAGAGCUCUUUAUCCUACAGCCGCCUGAAUGAUGUUGAUGUGCGAGUAGUCGUUCCCCUGCCGCAUCGAUAA